CAGUGAAAGAUUUCUGCGAAAACAAAUUAGGAAAAACCAACUGAGAAUGCUUGUGAUGGAUGCACUGUUGAACAGCCUGCUGGUGGUCAGCUCUGGCUAUGCCAUGUACACCUUGCAUCCGGUGCAGCAUCCGUACGGAUAUGGGGCGGCAACAGUGAGUCUCGUCCAUGGGCUGCUGGGCGUGGUGCGGGCUACCCGCAAUGAUGACGACGAAUGCAAUCGGCUGCGCCUGAUCAUGUCGGGAGUGAUGGAGAUUGCGCCGCUGCCCCUGCUCAACAUUGAGCUGUACCUGAAGUCGUCGAGUAAUGGCCUGGCCCUGGCCCAUGGCUGCUUUGUGGUGCCCCUAGCCUACGAUAUGCUGGCCAAAAUGGGCGACAACGAAGACAGCGCCACGGAAUCGCUCAAGGAGCUCACACUCCUCGGUAACCUGGUCUCACUGCUCUUCCUGGGCGUCAACCAGUCGAGCAACAUAUACGGAGCCAUGGCCGCUGUGGUCUUCGGCGCCCGCUACGGGUCCCUGAUACUCGACUACUACCAGGAAGGUCUUGGGUCUGACUUCAGGCUGCUCUCCAAUUCCCUCUUCAUUGUGCUGAUGACCCUGACCCUGUCGGCCAAGUAAAGUGGGAUCUGCCAUCUGAAUCUACUAUCAAUCACCACCCAAAUCCCCAACGCUGUCGGGACUCCAUUAACGUUGAAACUCUCAUCCAAAGGCGAGCGCGUCUCUCGCCCCUUUUUUUGUUUUCGGCGACUCAAGGCUGCGGGCUUGCGGUUCAUUGGCUCAACAAUGGCUCAACGGCGGCUGCUCAAUAAACUUGCAAUUAAUGUUUGCAAAUUAAAAUGCAAAAAUAAACAUUAAUUGUUUGCCAACACACACAACA